AUGAAGAAACUUCAGCAGAAAAAUAGAUCCUCAAGAUUUGAUGGAGUUAGUGUUUUGGACCGACUGGAUCGACUCACUGAUAUAGCACCAGGACGGGGCUGUAAGCGAAGUGCUGGCACAUUUGGCUGUGGCCAAGGAUUAUUUGAUGGAGAGAUGCCAUUUGCAGAUGGAGAUAUUGGCUGUGCAAAGGGAGAAGGAGACAUAGGAGACAUUGAUGAUGGUGAACCAGGAAAAAGGCUCAUAGCAGCAGCCAUGUCCAUGACAUUAGGAGCAGAUGCAACUGACAGGGGUGAAGGAACAGCAGGUCCAGAGAUCACUAAGAUGGCAGUGACAAAUUUGUUUCGAACUCUACCGUGUUCGAAUCAUGAUGGUAAGCUUACAGAAGCAUAUGAUCCUGAAGAAGAGGAACCUGCAUUGGAACCGGCAUGGAGUCAUCUGUAGAUUGUGUAUGAAGUUCUCUAGAGAGAAAGGGAAUACUUGAAGACUAUUCUCCACCGUAUUUAUGGGAAGUUCAUGGUACACCUCCCAUUCAUUAGAAAAGCGAUCAAUAACAUCUUUUAUCAGUUCAUAUUUGAGACAGAAAAACACAAUGGAAUUGCAGAAAUGCUGGAGUUUUUGGGCAGUAUAAUUAACAGAUUUGCUUUGCCUUUGACGGAAGAGCAUAAGUUGUUCCUUAUCCGUGCAUUGAUCCCACUUCACAAGCCAAAGUGUGUCUCUAUGUAUCACCAACAGCUUUCUUAUUGUGUUACACAGUUUGUUGAGAAAGAUGUCAAGUUAGCUGAUACUGUGAUCAGAGGUCUUUUGAAAUAUUGGCCUGUAACUAAUAGUGCAAAGGAGGUAAUGUUCCUUGGUGAACUGGAGGAAGUUUUAGAAGCCACUCAAGCAGCAGAUGAUGAUGUAUCCACAUCAUUACAUGUUGUAUGUUCAUCCUGAUCAUUAUCAGGCGCCGCCUCAUUAACAUUAACCAUCGGCCGGUUGCAGCACAAAAACAUAAGAGAACCCGCACCAAAGCCGCAUAGCAGAAAUGGUAACGAGAAUAGUUGCAAACAUUGCAAAUCAACCAAAUGGCAUUGACGGUAAACUGCAACUUG